GACCUUAAACUUCAAAAGGUUCACCCAUUCCUCUUCUUCAUACCUCCACCCCUUUGCAAUAAUACCAGUCCACCUUCCGCAGGUACAAGACACUAUUUGGUGUUAAUUGACUACAACUUGGUUCGACUUCUUUUACCUUCUUUGAUCUGGUGCAAGUUUAGCAAAAUUGCGACAAUGUCGAUACGCGGUAAUGCAGGGUAUGGUUUAGGUGGGCAGAACUCAUUCGGAGGAGGAUCAAGUAUGGGUGGUAUGGAUAAACAGAGCGAAUCUGGUACUCUGGAUGCGAUCAGAGAACAAACAAGCAAGAUUGAGGAUUUCUUGGAUACAUUGAGUGAUCCUGUUAAGCCAUAUUUGCCAGCCAUCGGACGAUUCCUGAUUGUCGUUACAUUCCUGGAGGAUGCAUUGAGAAUAAUUACACAAUGGAGCGACCAACUAUUAUAUCUGCAUGAUUACCGACACAUCCCAAGCGGUCUUACACAUCUCUUCCUGAUCGUUAACGUACUCGCAAUGGUCUCAUGCUCCACACUAGUCAUCACACGAAGAUACUCGGAUUACGCUGUUGGUGGAUUGAUUGGCGUAGUAGUCGUACAAGCUCUUGGAUACGGUCUUAUCUUCGAUCUCAACUUCUUCCUCCGAAACCUUUCGGUCAUGGGUGGUCUAUUGAUGGUUUUGUCCGAUUCAUGGGUCCGCAAAUCAAAGGCUUUUGCUGGUCUCCCGGAAAUUGACGAGAAGGACCGCAAGAUGUACUUCCAGCUUGCUGGUCGUGUCUUGUUGAUCUUCCUCUUCGUCGGAUUCGUUUUCAGUGGCACCUGGAGUGUUUGGAGAGUGAUUGUGGCACUUUUCGGUCUCGUUGCAUGUGUCAUGGUUGUUGUGGGCUUCAAGGCAAAGUUCAGUGCUAUCAUGCUUGUGCUUAUCUUGAGUGUUUUCAACGUAUUGGUAAACAACUUUUGGACUCUUCACGAACACCACCCCCACAAGGACUUCGCAAAGUACGAUUUCUUCCAAAUUCUAUCUAUCGUAGGAGGUCUCCUCCUCCUUGUCAACAGCGGACCAGGAAAAUACUCCAUCGACGAGAAGAAGAAGGUCUACUAAACUUCGGUGGUGAGGUUGGAACGAGAGCAGGGGAGUGAAGGUUCAGGAAAAAGCAAACAGCGAGCCGUGCAUUUAGGGCGGAGUUCAAUUUGAUGAGGGAAAGUUUUCUAUUAUUGUUAUCGUUUCUUCCUCCAAGGGGAGAUUCAGCGGAUUGGGCGGUUUACUUUAAGUAUAGCGUCAACAUCUUCUGACUGUAAAUCUCAGAGCUGGCAAUCUACAAAGUAUAUGAAUGACUUAUGAGCCAAAUAUGUUUCCUGCAUGUUUCAAUAGAAUGAAUGAACUAUUGUUUCGAGGUCGGGCCAUCAACAUGACUCGAAACAACAUAGUACUAUUAGCACAUCCUAAAGAGGCUGCACUCUAUCAUAAAGAAAGCCUUAAGAAUAGAUUCCUUCGUAUUCA